AUGACCUCCAAAUACAAUAAUUUCGAAGAGGCACUGGAAUUGAUGAUAGUGCCCAAGAUCUUGGAAAACCAACCCUGCACAACAUUAGAUGAAAAUGAGCUGACCAUCCCGAACGAACUAGAACUCGCAGAUCCGACGUUCUACAAAUCCGGCGAAAUAGACAUUCUCCUAGGAGCGAGAGUGUUCUUCAAAAUAUUAGGGCCCGGUCGACUCAACACUAUGAAUGGCCCCAACUUUCAGGAAACGAUCCUAGGUUGGGUAGCAUGUGGAGUACUUCAACAAGGGAGUUCCACAACAAUUGACACAGCAAUAGUUUAUGUUGCCAAAAAUGAAUCAAAUUUCCCCCAAGAUGAAUUAGCCAAACUUAUCGAGAAGUUUUGGCGUCUCGAAGAAUGUAGUCCCCACGAGUGGGAACCAAAACAAACAAAUGAAAGUGAAGCCGAAUUACACUUUAAACAAACGUUGCAAAUAGCUGCUGAUGGCAGAUAUAUCACCCGCAUACCAUUAUGCGGAGAUCCAUCAUCAUUGGGGGACUCGUAUCAACAAGCUCACAGAAGAUUUCUCUCACUGGAGCGAAGACUUCAAAAUAACCAAGAUCUCUACGAAGAAUAUCGCACAUUUAUGAACGAAUAUGAACAUAUGGGACACAUGGCACCCAUCACAGCUGACGAUUUUCAUAAAGUUAAAUACUUUAUACCUCACUCAUGUGUAGUAAAGCCUGAAUCAACCUCUACCAAAUUAAGGGUAGUGUUUGAUGCCAGCGCGAAAACAUCGAACGGAAUAUCCCUCAACGAUAUUCAAAUGGUGGGACCCACCAUCCAAAAGGAACUCUUCGAUCUACUGAUUGAGUUCAGAACUCACAACAAGGUAUUAGUGGCAGACGUCGCCAAAAUGUACAGACAAACACUUGUCGCAUACGAAGACACUUGGCUACAAUGCAUAUUGUGGCGCAACAACCCCAACGAGCCUAUGAGAGCAUACAGAUUGACGACUGUCACAUACGGUGAAGCGUCUUCCUCGUUUUUAGCCUGUCGAGCUCUACAUGAAGCUGCAGAAGACUAUCGUGAAGUAAACGCAAAAGUAGCAGAUGCAAUUCAAAACUCAUUCUACGUUGAUAAUCUCAUGAUCGGAGCCUCCUCCACCUCCGAACUUAUUGAAUUAAAGGAAGGCAUCGAACAUGCCCUAUCACUCCACGGAUUUCCACUACGAAAGUGGGCUUCAAAUGAUAACAGUGUACUGGAGGGCAUUCCGGAGAAAGAUCUGGAACCCCUGAUUCAAGUAGGAGACCAGGAAGUUAUUAAAACUCUAGGAGUGGGCUGGAACCCCAUGAAUGAUUUGUUCCAGUUCAUCAAUGUAAAGAAUUCGAACGAAGUAAUCAGAUCACUAACGAAAAGACAAAUGGUCUCGAAGAUACUGAGGUUGUACGACCCCAUUGGUCUAAUCCAACCAGUAAUCAUCACGGCCAAGAUCCUAAUGCAGGAUUUAUGGACUCACAACAUUAGCUGGGACGACGAAGUUCCAGACCGUUCUCUUCAGCAGUGGAGAAUCUUUGAAGCAUCUUUAACAGAAUUGAAAUCUAUCGAGAUUCAAAGGAUGACAAUCCCAAGCCAAACCAUUGUCCUUGACUUGCACGGAUUCAGUGACGCAUCGGAGAAAGCUUACGGAUGCGUCAUCUACAUGCAUUCGAUCGAUUUGCAAGGCGAAGAACGCACAAACCUGUUAUGCGCCAAGUCACGGGUAGCACCUCUAAAAAAGGUUACUCUUCCACGUCUAGAACUGCUAGCAGCAGUAUUGCUAGCAGAACUCGCCUCCAGAAUAAAAGGAAUACUAGGGCAACGAAUCACAUCGGAAUAUUACUACAGCGACUCCCAGGUGACACUGAGUUGGAUAAAAUCUUCUAGUACACGCUGGGGGACAUUCAUCAGAAACAGAGUAGAAAAAAUACAUGCAUGGACGGACCCAGACCGUUGGAAGUACGUCUCGACCAAAGAAAACCCUGCAGAUAUGGUCUCCAGAGGAGUACCAGUCAAGAAAUUGAUAGAAUCAAAGUUGAACUUCUGGUCACACGGACCAGAAUCCAUCCAAAAAAGAGAGAGAUAUCCCCUACCAGGAUACCAAUACGAUGUGACAGCUGAACAAGAGAAAAUCAAAAGACCUGCUGUUCUGCUUGUAGCAGCCAAGGGAAAGGAGUGUAAAGACUACAUAUCAGAAUUCCCUCAUCACAACUCAUUCAGCAAAACAGUAAGACAUUUCGCGUGGAUCAAUCGAGCAAUCCACAACAUGCAAAGAAGCAAAGGUUAUUCGGACAUCACAUAUGAGAAACGGUCCGGGCCACUCACCGCGAAUGAAUUAGAAGAAGGAUUAUUGCUAAUAUCCAAAAUCAUGCAAGCCACUAUCUACCCAAAUGAAGUGGCAGAAUUAAGGAAAAAGGGAGAGGUAACUUCAAAGGGACCAUUCCAACACUUGAACGCAAACGUGAAAAAUGGCGUAAUACACGUCUCAGGAAGAUUAAAUAAUGCAGAAAUGCCUGCAUCUCAAAAGAAUCCCGUGCUCAUUCCUAAAUCGCACCCAUUUUCAAGAGUCAUACUUCGACAUAUCCAUGAAAGUAACUUUCACGCAGGAAUGAACAUAAUAAUAAACGAAUUCAGACAAAAGUUCUGGAUGAAGGACCUGAGAAGAACAGUUCAGGGAGUCAUCCAACAAUGCAUAUUGUGUACAAGAGCACGCCCCAAACGCCUACAGCAGCAGAUGGGACAAUUACCAACACCAAGAGUAACAGAAUCAUCAGCAUUCACUCAUACUGGAGUGGAUUUAUGCGGUCCAUUUGAGGUGCUGAUAAACCAAAAAUCAAAAUGCAAGACAACGGCUUAUGCAUGUAUUUUUGUAUGUUUCGCCACAAAAGCCGUACACCUAGAAGUCGUCGAGGACCAGACGGCAGCAGCCUUCAUAUCAGCGCUGCUUCGAUUCACAGCUGUAAGAGGAGUUCCAGAUAUUAUUUACUCCGACAACGGACGCAACUUCGUAGGAGCUAGCAGAGAACUAAAUCGCCUACGAAAAACAUACAACAACGAAGUAUUUCAGAACAAACUAGUUGACUCAGCAGCCAGUCAUGGAAUACGAUUUUCGUUUAUCCCGCCUCGAAGUCCGAACUUCGGGGGACUCUGGGAAUCGAACAUAAAAGAAGCCAAACGUCUAUUCAGCGCAGCCGCCAGAGGAGUUCAGCUGAAUAUAAUGGAACUUCAAACACUAUUUUAUCAAGUAGCCGCAGUAAUGAACUCGCGGCCGCUAACACCGAUCUACACGACGCCUGAUGCACCAACCGCACUCACGCCUGGACAUUUUUUGAUAGGUCGGCCAAUGCUGACUGUACCUAUUCCAACACAAAAUGAAAGCGCAAACAACCUAACGACUAGAUGGAAACGAAUACAAUCACAAAUCGAACAAUUCUGGAGAAGGUGGAGAGACGAAUAUCUUCAUCAACUGCGAGAUUAUGCAAAAUGGACCAAACAAAAAGCUAACGUCAAAAUUGGUCAAGUAGUACUGGUCGGAGACGACAACAUUCCUGUAGCAAGAUGGCCUAUGGGAAUCAUUACUCAAGUGUAUCCAGGCGAGGAUGGAAUAGUCCGAGUGGCAGUCGUGCGAACCUCCUCCGGGAUCUACAAGCGUAACGUAAGAACGCUAGCCCCUUUACCAAUAGAAGAAGACGAAGAUCCCGAAAUUGCAUCAACAACUCAACAACCAGAAGGUGUGGCCUCUGAUGAACGACCACCUCCACCCGAAAUAAUCGAACUUGAAGAUGACCCCCCGCCGCAAGCACCACAAAUGAUUUGGGACGGAGACUCGAACGUUUCCAAUUCCAUCACGAUGCACGAUGUGGCAUCGUAUUCAGUGGACGGGGCCUUCAUCGUGGCUCUGUUGAUAGCCGCGCUCGUAUUUCAUUGGCGGCGCAGCCAACGCAGGCUGCGCCAACUGGAAGAGCAUGCCAAGCGAGCGAAGCUUGGCAUCGCUCAAGUGUAG